CUUUACUAGGCUUCAUUGUUUUAUAUUGGAAAGACAACGCCUAGGACUUGGUCAUUUAGCAGUAUAAGAACACCACAGUAGGUCGUAAAUUGUUCCGCAGAAACUUUUUCUUUGCGCAGUUCGUACUCCAACCAGUGAAUUGUUUCUUAUUCCAUUCCCGCAUUUAUUCUUUAACAGAAAAUCUUUGAAUAACAACAACAAAAAUGAAUGAAGAAGAAAGUAAAGCUAGAAAACCAGUGGGGCAAAUGAGACGAAGGAGAAGACCUGUGGGUCCCUUCCGACCACCACCUCCAGUGGUCUUUCUCAGAGGAGCGGCAGCAGAACAUGGCCAAAAACAAGUUGCUGACAUGAAAAUUAAGGGCGAAAAAGAAAGGAAAGAGAUGCAAGAUUUGAAUUCAAAGCUUGCCAACCUCAUUGACAAAAUAAGUGUCUUAGGUGCUGAGAACAAACAUCUUAAAGGUCGCUUGGAAAUUAAGGUUGACUUUAAUUGUGAUAAAAUGAAGAAACUAUACGAAGAACAACUGGGUGACUUGAAAGCACGCCAGGUAGAGAAUGAUAAGAAACUCUCAGAAAUAGAGUCCAAAAAUGAAUCGCUUGAAGAAUUAGUUGAAGAUCUGAGCGAACAAUUGCGCCAAGUGCAGGACGAGAGGGACAAACUGCAAGACGAUGUUAAUGAGUUACACGAUGACGUUGCCCGCCGCAUUGCAGACAGCGAAACAUGCAGGAGGAGAGCAGGAGAACUGGAGAAACAGCUUGGAAACUGCAAGGAUAGAAGUGUUAUUCUUAACAACCAAAUGGCUGAUCUUAGAGCAGAAUUAGAAACCGAAACUAUUCAAAGAUUGGAGUCCGAUAAGCGUAACGAUGCACUGGAAGACGAACUUGAUUUCAAUUUGGAUCUCCAUAAAGCUGAGAUCAAAGAAUAUGAAGCACUGAUAGCAAAACUAAGGAAGCAGUGCAAUCUUCAGCAAGAAAAUGCAUCCGAUGCUGGAAAUAAAGUUGCUGCUUUAAGUGCCGAAUAUGAGGCUAGGUUGCAAACAGCCAUUGCUGAUUUGCAACGUCGACAUGCAGACGAGAUAAAUAUGAUAAAGGCAUGUAUGAAGCCAACAGAUGUUGUAGACGCGAGUAAGAAAAAAGAUUUACGUACGGAACGGAGCGGUAUGUCGGCUAAAAUGGGCGAAUAUGAAACUGAGGUAGCAAAUUUGAAAAGAAGAAUUGAGUUUCUAGAGUCUGAGUUACAGGAGAGUGAAAACAAACGUGCAACGGAAGGCGAGAAUUACCGGACCGAAAUUAAUAGUUUGCGUAUGGAGUUGGAGAUAAUGUUGAAGGAAUUGCAAGACCUGAUGGAUGCUAAACUGUCCCUGGAAUUGGAGAUUGCAGCAUAUCGCAAACUCCUUGAAGGCGAAGAGGGCAGGACAGAUAUGAAAUCAGUUGUAACUGCUGUUGGUGGAUUUCAAACACAGGCUGAGUCGGCACUCGCGAGCGCACUAACUGGAGCAAAUAAAAUGACCAUGAGUCGCACCACAAGUGGGUCUGUGAGCGUCGUUGAACUAGCAACCGAUGGAACAUACAUUAAACUUGAGACCUUUGCUAAGUUCCCAAAGGGUUCAACAAACAUGAAGAACUGGACACUGACCCAAACCCUGGAAAAUGGCACGACCUUCACCCAUAAAUUUACCGAUGGUAAUGUGUUUAGUUCUGGUAAAUUUGUCAAGAUUUGGGGAUCAAAACACGGUGCUGGACAAGAUGGCAUCACAUCUUCCGAUGUCGCUCAAUGGGGAACUAUGGUCAUCCCAUCAAAAAUUACUUUGAAAGACGACAAAGGCAAGGAAUGCGCUACAGUUGUGAUCAAAAUAAACUCCUGAAGAACGUAAUGUUGCAGCAGAGAAAAUUCAUUUUUGUUCCUGUUAGCACCAAGUUUCAGAAAAUCUCUUUAUUUCUUUUAAAUAAAAAUUUUAGUAAAAAUACUAAUUCUAAAGUAAAUUUCUAAAAAAAUUCCAAUUUUCUGUUUUAAUAAUUUUUAAUGAUUCUGAAACAUUUAAGAUAAUUAUAGAAAAUAAGAGAAAAUUCAUUUUUCAAUACAAUAUGUUUUUCAACAUUGUUAAAUAACUAUUCAAAUAUUAACAAACUCUUCACCUUGGUAGUUUUUGUAAUCGUAAUUUCAAUAAAGAUUGGUAUUCUACAAGUUACCGAGAUAAUAUGAUA